AUGGCAUCUUCAAUUAAUACAUCUUCAGACGUUUUUAUUAGUGGAGCAGAAGAGUUUCAAUCACCAUCGUCUCCAGAACCAGAUUUGGCAUUAUUUGAUCAUAUGGAUGAACAACAUGAAUCUAUAUUAAAUCAACAAUUUGAAUUACAUAAACCAACACAAAACUCAAGACCUUUUUUAAAUGAUAGUCAAAAAUCAUGUAUUAAAAAAACAUUAGUAUUUAUUGGAUAUACAAUUUCAACUAUUUUAUUUUCUUUAAAUUUAUAUAUUUAUUAUUUUUUUAUCAAAUUGAGUUAUGACGAUGAAACAGCAAUGAAAAUAUUAAAUAAUGUAACGAGAGUGCAAGAAAAUGCAAUAAAUAAUUAUCAUAGAAGAAAUGGAAGUGAUGGAUAUGAUAGAGAUGAUUAA